AUGGCUCAACCAUCAUCAUUGCUGGCAUUGAUUUCGUUACUAUUCAUCAUAGUCUCACUGUUGGGGAAUUUAGUCUUUGCCGAUGACUUUACCGUGUACUUUGAGAAGGGAUCGUAUGUGGUCAGGCAAGGUUAUGAUUUGAAGAGUGGUAUUGCCGCCGCUCAUUAUGAUGCUACUUAUGAGAGUCGCGGAUGGGAUGUCUUGUCGUUGGAAACCAAUGGAAUGGUGAAGGAUGAUAUGCAAGCCUUCGGAGCUGGUUAUUUGGAAGGUGUCAUUACUAGACAAAGAAUUUACAAUCACUACAUGAACAUGCAAUCUUAUUCUUGGGCUGAAAUGCCAGAUAAAAAGAUGCCUGGAUAUGUGAGAGACUUUUUUGACAAGCAACGCAAUUGGAUGAAAGACCAAAGCACAAAGUAUGCUUCUGAUCCAUUUUGGCAACAGAUUAAGAGCGUUUAUUUGCAAAUGGAAGGUCUUGUUCAAGGUUAUAAUGAUGCAACUACUAAUCCUAAUGAGAAGAUUGAUUAUGCUUCCAUGCAAACAAUUAGUUCAUUUGGUGACAUUUUCGAUAUUUUGAAUGUAAAGCAAGAAAAUAGACCACAAUUCCACAAGAUGACUCCACAGCAAAUUAUGACAUUCGUUCAAGAGAAUGGUCACUGCAGUGCUUUGUUUAAAGUUACUCCAGAUUAUAGUAACAUCUACUUUGGACACACCUCAUGGUUCACAUUUUCAGCCAUGACAAGAAUUUACAAGACAUAUACAUUCAAUUUCAAUAACAGACUGGUUGCCUCUCCUACUGUAACCUUCUCAUCAUAUCCUGCCAAUUUGGCUAGUAAUGAUGACUUUUAUGUCACCAAGUCUGGAUUGGUUGUCAUUGAAACAUCCAAUAAUAUCUUUAACACCUCGUUAUAUGAUUUGGUGAAACCUGAAUCAUUGUUGUGUUGGCAAAGAGUCAUCCUUGCAAACAGACUUGCUUCUGAUGCCCCAGAAUGGAGCGAUAUUUUCAGUGAAUAUAACUCUGGUACAUACAACAAUCAAUUCAUGGUUUUAGACACCAAGAAAUUUACGCCAGGAAAAAGCUUGAAUAAGAAUUUGUUCUGGGUCGUUGAACAAAUCCCAGGAAAGGUUUAUGCAGCUGAUCAGACAGAAAUAUUAUCUUUUGGAUAUUGGCCUUCUUAUAAUGUUCCUUUCUACAAAGAGGUUUUCACAAUUUCAGGUUAUCCAGAAAUUUUAAAGAAGCCAAAUGCAAGCGAUAUGCUUUCAUAUGAGACUUGUGUCAGAGCCAAUAUCUUCAGAAGAGAUCAAUCAACGGUGAACUCUAUUGAUAGUAUGAAGAGAAUGCUCAGAUAUAAUAAUUAUCGUGUGGAUCCACUCUCUUUAGGAAACCCAGGUUACGCUAUUGCCAGCAGAAACGACCUCAGACAACAAUCCACCAACUUGGACAGAUCAUGCAGUGGUGGUUAUGAUACUAAGGUUUCAAGCAUUGCUGAUAUUCAAACUAUUCACAUUAUCAAUGGUCCUACCUAUGACAAUGUGCCAGCAUUCCAAUGGGCUGGUCAAUGUCCAGCAAAGUUUGCUCACCAAGGCAUGAGAGACAAUUUUAGAUACGACUGGAUGACAGUAAAUUGGAGAAACUAA